GACUUUCAACUAAGGGGGCUUUUGAGUCCUUGUGCCACCCCCUCCCCCUUUAGCUUUCCCCCCCUACUCUCUCCUUCUACAGCCACUUGGAGAUAUCCAUCCCACACCCCACCACCGCCAGCCAGCACCUCUCCUCCUCCUCCUCCUCCCCCCCCCCCACAUCCAGGGGGAGAGAGGGAGAGAGAGAAGGAGAGGGAGGAAGACAGGAAGAGAGAGAGAGAGAGAAGUAAAGGGGCAAAAUCUGGAAGCCACUGAAAGCCGAGUGAAAACAGGGGAGCCCCUUCCAAAAAGCAAGAAGAGCUGAGAACGAGCCAGGAAGGACAACGGAAUCACCUGCAGCUGCUCAGAUGAGAAGCACCGAAAGCCGUGGAGUUUGAGCCGAAGGCAGCCGGGGAGCCACCUGCAACCCCCUCCUCCCUUCCUCCCUUCCCCCUCUUUCCCCACCCCCCAGGCCUCACCUCUCCUACUCUCCCUCUCCCAAUUUCCCCAUCUUUUGGGACAGAGCAGAGCCCCCCCUUCCUCGGCUCCGGCCAGCCCAUCCCAGCCAGCCCCCUAACUUAGCCUACACUCACACCUCCUCCCUCCAGUCCUUUCCUCCCCCCAGCCACCACUCCCUCCCCACCACCGCCACCGCCGCGGCCGCCGCGGCCGCCACUAAACUCCGAGAAGGUAUGACCCUCUCCGGCGGCGGCAGCGCCAGCGACAUGUCCGGCCAGACGGUGCUGACGGCCGAGGACGUGGACAUCGAUGUAGUGGGCGAAGGGGACGAGGGGCUGGAGGAGAAGGACAGCGACGGCUGUGGCUGCGAAAGCCCAGCGGGGCCGCCCCCGGAGCUGCGCCUGGACGAGGCGGACGAGCAACAGCCGCAGCAGCCGCAGCUCCAGCAGCAGCAGCAGCAGCAGCAGCAGCAGCCCCUGUGCCUCCCCAAGGAGGCGGCCCCGGCGGCGGGGGGAGACCCCAGCGGCGGCAGUCCGGCCGAGGCGGACGGCAAAGGCGGAGGGGGAGGAGGCGCAGGCGGAGGAGGAGGGGACGAGAGCGGUGGCGGCUGCAGCGGCGGCGGGGGCAGCGGGACGGCGGGCGGCCUGGCCCCAAGCAAACCCAAGAACAGCCUGGUAAAGCCGCCCUACUCUUACAUCGCGCUCAUCACCAUGGCCAUCCUGCAGAGCCCGCAGAAGAAGCUGACCCUGAGCGGCAUCUGCGAGUUCAUCAGCAACCGCUUCCCCUACUACCGGGAGAAGUUCCCCGCCUGGCAGAACAGCAUCCGCCACAACCUCUCGCUCAACGACUGCUUCGUCAAGAUCCCCCGGGAGCCCGGCAACCCCGGCAAGGGCAACUACUGGACGCUGGACCCACAGUCCGAGGACAUGUUCGACAACGGCAGCUUCCUGCGGCGGCGGAAGCGCUUCAAGCGGCACCAGCAGGAGCACUUGCGCGAGCAGACGGCGCUCAUGAUGCAGAGCUUCGGCGCCUACAGCCUGGCCGCCGCUGCCGGCCCCUACGGCCGCCCCUACGGGCUGCCCCCGGCCAGCGCCUACCCGCACCCGGCGGCCGCGGCGGCGGCCGCGGCGGCUGCAGCGCUGCAGUACCCCUACAUCCCGCCCGUGGGGCCCAUGCUGCCGCCCGCCGUGCCACUGCUGCCUUCGGGGGAGCUGGGCCGCAAGACGGCCGCCUUCGGCAGCUCUCCACUCAGCCCGGGUCUGCAGCUGCAGCUCAACAGCCUGGGCGCCGCGGCCGCUGCGGCCGCCGCCACCUCGUCACUCAUCAAGGCCGAGCCUAGCAGUCGGCCCUCCUUCAGCAUCGAGAACAUCAUCGGCGUGUCGGCAGCGGCUAGUGGCUCUGCCGGGGGCGGAAGCCCGGCCGGAGGCGGCCCAGGUGGCGGCGGCCCAGGUGGCGGGGGCCCGGGCGGUGGGGGAGCGGGCGCUGGGGCGGGCGGCCCGGGCGCCGGGGCGGGCGGCGGCGUCGCGGCUGCUGCGGCGGCGGCGGCGGCGGCGGCGCAGACUUUCCUGCGGCCGCCAGUGUCCGUGCAGUCUGCGGCUCUCAUGGCCACACACCAGCCGCUCUCGCUGAGCCGGACCACGGCAGCCAUCGCGCCCAUCUUGAGCGUGCCCCUCUCCGGACAGUUCCUGCAGCCCGCGGCUUCGGCGGCCGCCGCGGGACAGGCCAAGUGGCCGGCUCAAUAGUAGCCCCGGCCCCGGCCCUGAGGCCGGAGAACUUGAGCUCCAGCUUCGGCCUCCCCUUGGCCCGUCCCAGG